AUGUCCAAGAGAUCCAUGUCGCCGACGACAAAGAGCCUAUUUGGCUCCAAGCCACUACAGUAUAUCCUAGCAUUGGUCGUGUUUGGUUCGUUUUGGCUAAUUUAUCAAGCAAAAAACUCAUUUGGGGUCGAGCCGGCAGACUACACACCAGAAGAACUCAACAGCUUGCUUCAAAGCAAAAAAAAUGAUAUUGUUUCGCUUAAGAAAGUCGAGUUGGUGGAACAAGGCCUCACCAAGCCAUUUCUUGAUGAGUCCCAAUUCCAUGUGCGAAAUUGGGACUUGCAUGGCAACACGUUUGUCAAGAACUUGGACUAUAUUCGAUUGACUUCCAAUGCGCAGCAUUUGGCCUCCAAUAUGUUUAGCAAACGGCCCAUUGAGGCGCAGAGUUUUGAAAUGGAGUUGACUUUCCAUAUCCACAAUGAAGACGCCAAGCAGAAUCUAGUGGGUGAUGGAUUGGCGGUUUGGUUUUUGGAUCAGCCAAGUGAUAUUGGAGAUGUGUUUGGAGUGCAAAAUAAAUUCAACGGGUUGGCGAUUAUGAUGGAUACUUACAAGAAUGGCAAAAGAGGUCAAUUCCCCUUUGUCAACUUGAUGUUGGGUGAUGGCGAAGCAAUGUAUAAUAAAGGUAGUGAUGGCUACGAGACGAGACUUGCCGGGUGUGUUGCCAAGGACAUAUUGAACCCACCAUCGAAAGAAACCAAGAUGAGAUUGAUCUAUAUCAAGAAUGGAUAUCUCUCGAUUGAUUUCAAUUAUCACGGCAAACAUGAAGACUGGCAAAACUGUGUCACCUUGACCGAUGUGCAAUUGCCUCAUGUGAAAUAUUUGGGUCUUAGUGCUGAAACGGGCCAAUUGUUUGAAAAUGUUGACAUUUUGGAAAAUAGAAUCUUUGCCUUGUACAAACCCAGCGGUGAGUUUGUGGAAUCGAUUGAUGAGUUGAAUGAUUUAAUCAAGGAGCAAAAUGAGUAUGAAGGCGAAGCUGCCAAUUUGGCUCAAGUUGAAGAAAAAGUUGCCGAGGCCAAAACUCAGCAAGGCGGCGGACGACACCGCGUAUUUAAAAAGAAGCUAAACUCACAGCGGAGAAGAACUUUGACGAGAUUGAAAAACGCCGAAAAGAGGAUAAAGGAGCGGGAAAGACAGGCUCGAUUGGACAAGUAUGGAGAUGCAGACGCAACAUUUAUCAAGCGAACGUUCAACAUGUUGAUCAAGGGAUUCAACUAUAUGCUUUUCAUUGUAAUAGUGGCAAUCUUGGGAUGGUUUGCCUGGAUAGUGAUUCGAAUCCAAAAGCAAAAGAGGAAACUGAAAACUGCUGGAUUGUUGGAUUGA